CGUCCAGUUUGGAGAAAUUCACGAAUCAGCGCCUUUGUCGAAGGUAAGUAUGAUAGCUAUAGCUUUUUCAAAGGGUAACUCUUCGUGUCCAUUAAACGUUUUUCUUUAACCGUAGACCAAUGGCCUUAAAUUAAGUUCUUAAGUAACCUCACCCUAAUCGAGAGGUCAACCAGGCCUAAAAUAUUGCUAACACAUAGAAAAAUGGCAAAGAAACACACACAACACAAGCAAACUUAUGAAAAGCUUAAAAAUAGUAAUAUUACUGCUAAAAGCACUUUUUGAGAAACAGGUUUUCUCCUUUUUUUAAUUGGCAUGUUUGCACAGUAUUUGGCUCCAUUGUUGCAAUGGCUCUACCCUCCCUAACUUCUGUAUAGAAACAUCGUAAAGUAUACUUCAAAGAGGAAUACUCUAAUUUCUUUGUUUCCGAAGCUAGAGAGAUAGAUUUAUUUAUAUGAUUCAAGGAUAUGGUAAGGUCGUCUUACUGACUGUUCAGUCACAUUAAAACUGGAUAUUAACAAUGCCUAGUAAAAGGGAAGGACUAUGCAUUCGUUGCGGACAAAGCGUUUCUUUAACUUCACUAUUACUCAAUUUUUUCUUCCAGCUUUUGCCUCUUCGUUACAUACUGAAAGAUGCGUUCAUUAAUCGCCUCCGUACUGUUGCUUAUUUUCGUGGCUGUAUCUCAGGCAAGCGGUGAGAAAACGUCAAGUAAUUUAUCGAACACAAGGAAAAUAAUGUUUAAUCACACAUCAAACACCGACAGGAAAAGAUGGAAAUAACUGGUUUAUCCAACUUGAUCAAUUUGCGAUGAAAAUUUAUUGAAUGUUUAAUGUAAAUUUCAAACAAAAUGAUAUAUAUUAUUAAAACUUGAAUACAGGUGAGACUGUCGCAUCCUCAGACUAGCAGUUUUUUUAUCAGAUAUUCAGUCAUGGAAUGGUUCAUUAGUUCCUUCGCCCACCUCCCCGCCACGUCCCCUUUAAAGAAAUUCAUGAGUUUUUUAAGGCUAAAUGCAGUUAUAACAAAGUCUUUUAUUAGAAACCAAUAGAUAAAACUACUUAUCAGUUUGCGCUAGUUUGUUACUCGCCCAGUUGACAAAGAAAUGCGUCAUGACUAUAUAUAUGUUGUGGUUCAGUUUUAUCCUUGUUUUAAAUUUCUGUUCUUUUGUUUCAAACUCAUUAUCAUAUAUCAACGUACCCAAAAACAAAAGAAAAUAAAAUUUAAACCGAGGAUAAAAUUGAACCACAAUAUAUACACCAAAUAAACGAGCUAAAAAGAAAUUUAAUUUGAGAUUAAUGGCUUGAAAUUUAUUUUACUUUUUCAGGCCAAACUUGUAGUGGUGGCAAUACGUGUUAUUAUAUAACUGACCCGUGCCCAUCUGGAACUGAGGAUUGCUCUGAUCAGUACAGUUGUUCAUUGGACACCAAUAAAUGCUGCUGUAAAAAGGCUCCU